AUAAAUAAGGGUUAGAGAGAUACAAGAGAAGCUCACACAAACCUAAGGAACCAAAGUAGUGGUUCUACAGUUGGAGGAAGAACAAGAACCAUGAAGUCUGUCUUGGCUUUUCUCAUCCUUUCUUCACUUUUCUUGUUUACUAGUUCAGUUGAUGCAAGAAAAGACCCAUCAGAAUAUUGGAAGGAUGUGAUGAAGGAUCAACCAAUGCCUGAAGCAAUUCAAGACCUUCUCAGCUCAAAUCCUGGAUCUGUUUCACCCCUGGAGAACCAGAAGGAGAAAAAGUUUAAUUUGGAUAAAAAUCUCUACAGCAUUGCUAUCAUCUAUCAUGGGCUUGAUGAACAUAAAGAAGACAAGAUCCCUAGGAAGGACUCUGAGCUGAGCCUUGAAGUUGGGCAAGAAGAGAAGAAAUCUUCUGUGAAUUGAACGACUACAUCUUUCUUUACAAUGAUGCUUAUUAGGGUCUAUAAUUUUUCAAAUCCAUUUUCAUCUGUUUAUUGCUUGUUUUUGUGUUCCAUCAUGUUUGACUGAGUUUUUGGCUUUGUGUGCUUUUAUGCUAUUUACUGUUAUUGACUGUUUCAGUAAUUUGUAUCCAAGAGAGUGGAGAGCUUCUUUGGUUUUCGGCUUUUUUCUAAUAAAAUCUGAAUUGGGUUGUGAGUCUA